CCAUGCCAUGAAUAAAUGAACUGCCUUCAUUGCACCACCACUUGUGCACUUAUUUUUAAGACUUCAAAACAACAGCAGAUAAACUCAGAGCUAAUUGCAGUGAAAAUGCUCGAUGCUCGAGUUUGUUUAGUGUGUAUUUUCAUCUUGUCAUCUUCACUAACACUCAAUGCAAUUCGAUCUCCGGGGAGAUCCUUAAACUCUGUCAAGUCUGCUAUCUUCCUCUCGCCGCCAUUUUUCUUAAGUCCGGGCUCAGUUAUAAACAAGUACUACUUUGAUGUACCCUUUCCAAGAGGACAUAUUGCUCUCAAGAGCUUCGAUGCUGAAGUUGUCGGUGAGGCCGGCAUUCCGGUCCCCCUCCAUGAGACAUACCUUCAUCAUUGGGUGGUUGAAGGGUACUAUGGCCGAAAAAUUACUAAAGAUCCAAUUGAGGCAAAUCCUUCAGAUUUUCAAUUCUUCGAUUAUCAGUUUGUGAGAAACUCUGGAAUUUGCAACAGAACUCUUAGGCAAUACUUUGGACUUGGGUCGGAAACUCGAAGGACAAAAACUUGGGUCCCUGAUCCCUACGGAAUUGAAGUUGGAAAUCCAGAGCAAAUCCCAGAUGGAUUUGAGCAUCGAUGGUUGAUGAAUGUUCAUGCUAUUGAUACAAGAGGAGUGGUCGAUAAACUCGGGUGCACCGAAUGCAAAUGUAGUCUCUAUAAUGUGACUAAGGAUGAAUACGGGAGGCCAUUACGAAAAGAUUACAUCGGUGGACUGCGGUGCUGUUAUGAUCACACUCAAUGUCUGGUUCAAGAAGGGUAUGGAGGAUCAAGGAGGAAGCUUUACCUCCGGUAUAAGGUCACUUGGCAAGAAUGGGAUAACACCAUUAUCCCUGUCAAGAUCUAUAUAUUUGAUGUCACUUACACGGCAACAGAAAAAGAAGGUGCUCUCUCCGGUUGCAAGGUAGAAUACCAAGUCGAGCAGUGUGAUUUGUCUGAAAGAUCAAACAAGGAAUGCAUUGAUACAAAGAAGGCAAAAAUGAUUAUUCCUAGAGGAGGUGACAUUGUUUACGGUAGUGCACACCAACAUUCAGCCGGAAUUGGGUCUACUCUUUACGGUCAGGAUGGAAGAGUGUUAUGUACUUCAAUGCCUACAUAUGGAAAUGGAAAAGAAGCAGGGAAUGAGAAGGGUUACAUUGUCGGAAUGUCUACUUGCUAUCCAACACCAGGCUCAGUAAAAGUUUCAGAUGGAGAAGUUCUCACUCUUGUAUCCAAUUACAGAAACACUGAGAUGCAUACUGGAGUGAUGGGUUUGUUCUAUAUUUUGGUAGCUGAAAAGCAAGAACAAGUGAAGAAAAUGAGUCUGGAUUUCCACUCCUUUCCUCUUUCAGUGAGGGAUGAAGUUGCUUGAAGAAAAUGCUCAAAUUGUCUCAUGAGUUUCAUGCGCAUGCGGUGAGGGAUGUGUGAACUACAUAUAUUCCAUCAUCUUUGUAUGCAUGUGAUGUACAACAGUACCCAUGUAUAAGAUUAUAAGGGCUCGUAAAUAAAUCAUGCAAUGUUUAAA